AUGCAAGGAAAAUCUCAGAGAGAAGUUGCUAGCCCAGUGGAUCUCAACUCAUCCUACAUUACUUAAUCUCAAAAUUAGGUUAUAUUUAAUGGAUUGACUCUAAAACCAAAUUCUCCGAGAACAGUUUUAGCAUGCCAGAAAUUAGGAAUAGAAAUGGGCAUUUUCCAAAUUAAGUAAUAAGUUGCCCCACUUAUCGUUUUAGAGAUCUCAACCAUUUUCGUGCGAAUGAUCAUAGCAAUGAUGAAAUAGUUCAAAUAAGAUAUGAGCAUUACAUUAAUAAAACUCAUUGUAAAAUUCAACAAUUAUUUUAGAACUAUUGAAUGAAAUAUUUUAGAAAAGAAAAGAAAUCAUACAAAAAAAUAGAUAACGCCAAUUAUAAUGCGCGUCGAUGGAGUCUCUCGAAAGAUCGGUUUCUCUUAAAUAAGGUUCUACUAUCGAUUAAUUAGAGUAUGUCAUUCUAGUUUAUUUAUUAUUCUAGACUGAAAAAAUAAAUGGAUUAUGCUUACAAUAAGACAUUAUAAUAUUUAUAAUAAUAGGAUUUAGUUGAGGGGUCCAUUCCAUAGUCUCUAGGGGAAUUUCAAGAUGUUGCAGAAUUAGAAGGAGGCCUCAAUAAAGAAUUGUCAAGAUAUAAUAAACAUAAAAUUCAGAAAAUAGUACUUAAAUUAAUUAUUUAAGAGAGAAGCUCAAAUUAAAUUAGAAGAAGACAAAAAGAGAGUUGAGUUACUAGAGAAAAUUCAGGAAAGAGAUUAAAGAAUAGUUCAAAUUAUGAUUAAAAAAUAAUAAGAAAUGAAAGAGAAAUAUAGUACGUCAAAGAAAGUUGAAAAUAGAAGAAUUGACACUCAGGAAAUGGAAAGCAAAUCUUAACCUAGAGAUAAUGAAGCACAAAAAAAUCUAUAGCAAUAAUAAUCGUAAAAGUAUAUCAAGUAUUAAGUGCUUACGAAAUCAGAAGUAAAAUGAUAUUUAAAGGGGAGGAUUAAAAAGAAAAGAAAAAAAGAGAAUAAGCUUUAUAGAGAAAGGAAGAAUUUGAAAAAUAAAUUGAUAUGGAAUGCCAAAUCCAAAUGGCUAAGAUAUAAUAAAAAUUAGAGAACAGUGGAAAAUUGCAAAAGGAAUUAAUUUAAAACAAAAUAGAAAAAAUAAAAGAGUAAAAUCAUAAGGAACAACAAAUUAUGAAACAACAAAAGUAACUUAAAGACAAGAUAUCACAAGAUCAAAUCAAUCAGCUAUUAGAAAAAAUGGUGCAAAAAGAAAAAGACUUUUAGAUUAACUAAAAAUCAAUUUAGAAUGUAGAAUAAGAAAAAAAAUUAGAAAUUAAAUCAAAAUAAAGGAAGAUUAAAUCUAAUCAAGGAGACAUUUUUAAAGAUAGAGAGUAAAUAUAAAUUAUAGUUUUAGUGAAAAAUUAAAAUAAUUGAAUGAAAAGUUUUUGAAGGUCGAGUAAUUUAACAGAAUGAAAAAAGUAAUUCAAUUAAUCAAUUUAGGAAGAAUAAGAUAAUAAAAUCUUAUUAAAAUAAGAAUUAAGAAAACUGAAAGAAUAGGACAAACAGGACAUUUUAGAAAGACAAAAAAGACAGAACGAAUACAGAAUGUUAGAAAUCACAGAAAAAUACAGAUAAGUUGAUGAAAAAAACUAAUUAAAACAAUAUUAAAAUGUAACAUAUAAAUUUAUUAAAUUGUAGACUCUCUUAUAAUAGACAUCGAUGCACAUUAGUAAGUAAGAAAUAUUAGAAAGAAAUAGAAUAUAUUCUCAUUUAUAGUAAAUGAGUGAUAAUCUCUUCAAUAAAAAAGUUAGAAAGCGAAAGUAAUCAAUCAAAUGAUUAAAUUAGUUUAAGCCAAUUAGAAAAAAAUAUUCUCACCAUUAAGCCUAAAGUUAAUAAUCAAAAAGAGGAUACAGAGUUCGAAGAUCAUACAAGAUUAUUAAUAACCAUGCUUCAAACAUCAGAUCCAGAAGAAACAAUAAAAAAUAAAUUAAGUAGAAGACAUAAUUGA